UGCAAAUUGUCAAAUGUCAUUCUAACGUUUGUGUAAUCAAAACAUCAAACUUGACGUUAGUGACACUGACAAUGACUUCAAAAAUUACACAAUUUUCGCGCCAUAAGAUAAGGAGUUCCGAAAUACGAACUCAAAAACAAAAAUGUGAUUGUGGUGAUAGAUUAAGUUGUUUUUAAACAAAUCUAAACCGAUAUACAGUUAAAACAAUCUGUUAAAAUUGCUCAUUAUAGUCGUUUUAAUGGAAUAUUUCGUCAUAAGUAGGUAAUUUAUAUUGGCUGAGUGGCUGAAUAUGACCGCAACCAUUUAGUUAAGUUUACAUUUGAAGUAAGUUAUAUUUUGUGUUCAUCAAAUGUUAUAUGAAUUCAAUAAGACUACUCGUAGCUCGUAGAAUAGUGGUAUCUUUGAGCAACCGCUCGCUGCUGGCAGCUGCAUCGAGUGUGCACUCGGCUCCCUCCCUGGUCGCGGCGAACAACAGGAGCAUGGCACAGAAAAGCAUCACAUCUUUCUUUAACAUCACACCUAAAGCCAAAAAGGAGAACAAACAUGAAGUCACGCCAUCACCAGAGGCCAGCACUGAGGAGUCGCCUGUUAAUGGGAAUGAUAAGAGAGUUAAAAGAUCAAGAUGCAGUAGUAGUGAAAAGGAGGUCGAUUGUAAAGAAUCUGCAUCACCUGUGACUCCAGAAAAGAAGAAGAAAGUGAAGCGUCAGCGUAUAGAAAGUUCAGAGAGUGAACCCCCCUCCCCCGCCAAGUCAUUUAGUGAUAGUGAACAAAUAGCUAUAAAGGUAGAAAAUAGUAAACAGCCCAAAACAUAUGAUUCCCCCAAAAUCAAAAAAUCCAAAGCGAAAAUGACAAAGAAAGUAGUAGCAGUAAAGAGUGCAGAGGAAAAGACAAUAAAAGUCGAAAAGACAUCUCCACCAGAAAAAAGUCCAAAAAAAGAUGUAAAGAAAAGUCCUGCUCUAAAAAGUUACUUCACCGUUAAAACAACAAAAACAGAAGAAGAUAACAAGAGUAAUGGAAUUAAGAAAGAGAAUACAGAAACCGGAGAGGAAGAUAAUGUUAAAAGAGUUGCAGAAACAGAUUACAACCCUGCAAAAACUAAAUACCACCCUAUUGAAGAUGCAUGCUGGAGCAAAGGUCAAGAAGUGCCGUACCUGGCUUUGGCCAAGACCCUGCAAGCCAUCGAAGCCACGUCGGCCAGGCUGAAGAUGGUGGAGAUCCUGAGCAACUACUUCCGCUCCGUGAUAGCGCUGACGCCCGAGGACCUGCUGCCCAGCAUAUACUUGUGCCUCAACCAGCUGGCGCCCGCCUACCACAGCCUGGAGCUAGGCAUCGCGGAGACGUACCUGAUGAAGGCCGUGGGGCAGUGCACGGGGCGCUCGCUGGCGCAGGUGCGCGCGGCGGCGCAGCGCUGCGGCGACCUGGGCGCGGCGGCCGAGCAGGCGCGCGCGGCGCAGCGCACCAUGUUCGCGCCGCCGCCGCUCAGCGCGCGCCGCGUGCUGGCCGCGCUGCGCGAGGUGGCCGCCAUGACGGGCCACGCGUCCGUGAACAAGAAGAUCAGCAAGAUCCAGGCGCUGUUCGUGGCGUGCUCGCCGUGCGAGGCGCGCUACCUCGUCCGCAGCCUGGAGGGCAAGCUGCGCGUCGGGCUGGCGGAGCAGUCGGCGCUGCAGGCGCUGGCGCAGGCCGCCGCCGCCACGCCGCCCGCCGGCGAGCGCGCGGGCACGCUGGACGCGGCCGCCGCGCUGGGCGCCGAGCGGUUCAAGGCGCUGGUGGACGAGCUGGCGCUCGUCGUCAAGACCACGUACUGCGAGUGCCCCAACUACGAGCUGAUCGUGCCCGCGCUGCUGCGGCACGGCGCGCGCGCGCUGCCGGAGCACUGCCGCCUCACGCCGGGCGUGCCGCUCAAGCCCAUGCUGGCGCACCCCACGCGCGGCGUGCACGAGGUGUUCAGCCGGUUCGAGAACGAGGAGUUCACGUGCGAGUGGAAGUACGACGGCGAGCGCGCGCAGAUCCACGUGCCGGGCGACGACGCGCCGCGCCUCGCCGACGCCGCCAUCUUCAGCCGCAACCAGGAGAACAACACCAGCAAGUACCCCGACGUGCUGCGGCGGCUGCCGACGCUGCUGCGCGCCUCCGUCACCAGCUGCGUGCUGGACUGCGAGGCCGUCGCCUACGACGUGGACUCCAAGCAGAUCCUGCCCUUCCAAGUGCUGUCGACGCGCAAGCGCAAGGACGCGGCGGAGGCCGACAUCAAGGUGCAGGUGUGCGUGUUCGUGUUCGACCUGCUGUUCCUCAACGGGCGGCCGCUGGUGCGCGCGCCGCUGGAGGAGCGCCGCGCGCUGCUGCGCCAGCACUUCGCCGAGGUGCCGGGCCACUGGAGCCUGGCCACGGCGCGCGACUGCCGCUCGGAGGAGGAGGUGCAGCAGUUCCUGGAGGAGGCCGUGCGCGGCUCGUGCGAGGGGCUCAUGGUGAAGGCGCUGCGCGGCGAGCACGCGCGCUACGACAUCGCGCGCCGCUCGCGCAACUGGCUCAAGCUCAAGAAGGACUACCUGGACGGCGUGGGCGACACCAUCGACGCCGUGGUCAUCGGCGCCUACCACGGCCGCGGCAAGCGCGCCGGCGUGUUCGGCGGCUUCCUGCUGGCGUGCUACGACCCCGACGCCGAGCAGUACCAGAGCCUGUGCAAGGUCGGCACCGGCUUCUCCGACGACGACCUGCGCAGCCUCAGCGAGCGGCUGCGGCCGCACCGGCUGGACGCGCCGCGCAACUACUACAUGUGCGCGCCGGCGCUGGCGCCCGACGUGUGGCUGGCGGCGGCGCUGGUGCUGGAGCUGCGCUGCGCCGACCUGUCGCUGUCGCCCGCGCACCGCGCCGCGGCCGGCCUGCUGCACCCCGACAAGGGCGUGUCGCUGCGCUUCCCGCGCUUCGUGCGCGUGCGCGACGACAAGGCGCCCGAGCAGGCCACGCCGGCGCGCCAGAUCGCGCAGCUGUACGCGGCGCAGGACCAGGUGCGCAACGCGGCCGCCGCGCGCGCGCCGCUCGACGACUUCUACUAGCGCGCCCACUGUAUCGGCAGCUCGUGCUCCAGCCGUAGGGGAGUGCUGUCUCAAUAUAAAGUGUACUUUUUUGUGUAUUUUCUUCGGCGUAAUAUGAAAAAUUACGAAGGCGGUUUAGAUAUGAUCGAGACAAAUGCUCUGACACGUUUAUUUACAAUCAAAAUAAUUUACUAAAAUUUACAGUUUUUCCUAGAUAUUUCCCGUCACUAGUUACGCAUUUUGUCCACCUUUUCGGAAACUUUUUGAUGCUAGGAUCAAAGAAUUCGUCGGACAACUCGGACAGCCGGGUGCGUCUCUACCUCGUCGUCGGUGUUGAAUGUUUCAGCGGUCCAAACAUGUGAUGCGCAGGGUCAGGCCGGACUAUAGGGGAGUGUUUUUUUUUUAUACUUUACAAGUCAGCCCUUGUCUAUAAUCCCACUUGAUGGUAAGUGAUGAUGCAAUCUAAGAUUGAAGCGGGUUAAUUUGUUAGGAGGAGGAUGAAAACCCCUUUCGGUUUCUACUCGACAUCGUAUAGGAACGCGAAAUCACUUGGCGGUACAUCCUGCCGGGCAUCGAACCCAGGACCUUCGUCUUUUAAGUACUGCGCAUACCACUGCGCCACGGAGGCCGUCAAAGUCCAUUCCAUUACCUCCCACCCCAAGGUCUAUAUUCUAUCAGCCGGAGCUGCGCGGUAUGAGGGUGCGCGUUAUCCUGGAGAAGACACACUUCGCACUGGAAUGUUCCCGUUUCACGUGUGUUUAGAGUAGUCUGCAGCAUUGGGGGAACAUUGUGUGCGCACGAAUUUGCAUUGUUUUCCGUUCGAAAAACAAAGAAAAAUAUAAAAAAAUACACUUUAUAUUUAGACAGUUGAAGGUAUGGCGGGCAGGCAUACUACAUACCUGCCCGCCAUACUAUUCGCCCUCCCGAAGUAACCACGCUCCAAAGAGAAAUGCCCCCCGGCCCACACUACGUCGGCCUAGGGAACCCGUUAUACUCCCGUAUACAAGUGUAUGGAGAUUAUAAUAUGAUGUAUAAAUAAGGAUCUGGUUAAAUAAUUGGCCUAUACAGACAGGAAAACGAACAAAUAAACCAAUUAUAAGUCAUAAAAAAUGUAAAACUCGGGCUGUUUGGUCAAGCUUUGCUCAUCCAUUUUGUUUUGUUGGGAGUAAAUUAAAGAUGGAUUAAAAGUGUCGUAGAACGCUGUCGUAGAAAACUUGAACAUAACUUUAUUUUUUUUAAUAAAGUAAUGAUUUCAUUAUUAAAGAAGAUUUUCAAGAUUUUUUUGAUAUAAGGAAGUGUCCGGAUGAGUAGGGUAGGCCUGGGCCGGGGGUGAGUUACUUACCUAUGGAAGGGACGCAUGUAGCUCAAAUAUUCAGCUUUUAUAACAUGACAUCUGGGAAAUUAGCUGUGGUUCUCGCCACGCGCAGGCAGUACAUGAGGUUCGCUGAACUUGAGACGCGUGAGGUACGCGGGGGCGGGGUGAUGCCCUGCCGCUGUGUUACCGCUGAUACCUAAAUUUGCAUUUAGCAUCUUCAUGCGCGAUGUUCCUAAACGUCAUAAAAUUUGCAUCGUACUGUACCAUACAUUGUUAUUUGUAUAAUAAUAAUAUUUUUUAUCUAUAUCAUUAAAUUAUGAGUAAAAUUAGUAGACUAUGGAACAGGUGCGUAGUAUAUGUCAUUGACUCGAAGUACGAACUGGGAUUUAUGACAGAAAUAAAGUAUUGAACUGUUUUUAUUACUCAAACCUUUGAAUUCAAAUUUCUGGUAUGAGAUCUGGCAUAAGAAAUAUUAUAUACCUUCAUCUGUUAUUUAUUUUGGUGUAAGAAAUAAAUGAAUGAAAAUAUUCACAUUAAACACAUUGCAGAUAGGUUGCCUAGUAAAAUUAAUAUUUGUUAUAAUUUACUAUCAUUGCACCUAGAACAAUUUCUUUUAUAUUUUAUUUACAUUUGUGCAGAAUAAGUCUUCAUGAAUGUAUUGUGAUGUCAUUGUUGGAGACCGUAGGCCGACGCGCACUGGCGAAGUUUACCAAACACUUGAUCAAAAUGUUUUCGCACAAAUCAGUGUUUUCAUUAUGGUCUUCGAUAAAUAAUUCGAUAUCUUUGUAUAAUUUUAAGUAGGAGAUUCAGAAAGAUUGCUUUUAUCUUAAUUAUAAUUGUGAAACACAUUUAUGAUGGGAACAUUUUUGCCAAAUGUUUGGUAAACAUCGCCGACGUGCGCAGGUAUGCGGGGAAGGUGUACAAAUAAAACAUUAUAUUGAAGA